AAGAAGAAAACAACGAAAAAGAAGAAGAAAGUACAAACUGGAGCGCCAGCUGAUCGGUGUCACUUUUUACUGGCAACAUAAAAGAAAGCGCAAGAUUUGGGUGACGAACGGGAUUUAACAUGACCCAGUCUGUUGUAGUUCAAGUUGGACAGUGUGGAAACCAGAUCGGUUGUCGCUUUUGGGACCUGGCUUUGCAAGAGCAUGCCCAUCACAACCAAAGCGGAUUGUAUGACGACACCACUGGCACCUUUUUUCGCAAUGUGGACUCGGUGAGCUGGAAUGGGGUCUGUUGUGGUUCUGCUAAUGGGAGAAUCCAGCAUCUGAAAGCGAGAGCGGUACUGCUGGAUAUGGAGGAGGGUGUGAUCGGUGAGUUCCUGAAAGGGCCUUUGCGAGAGCUUUUUGACAGCACUCAGCUCCUCACGGGCGUGUCAGGUGCGGGGAACAACUGGGCAGCUGGCCACCUGACUUACGGUUCGACCUACAAGGACGAGAUUGUGGAUCAGCUGAGGAGGGCAGCAGAGCAGUGUCACUGUCUGCAAUCCUUUUUUCUGAUCCACUCGAUGGGAGGAGGUACAGGUUCAGGGCUCGGGACCAAAGUACUGCGCCUUCUUAAGGAUGAAUUUCCCGAGGUGUGUCGCAUUGUCAUACCUGUCUGUCCAUCUGUGGAUGACGAUGUCAUUGUGUCACCCUACAACAGUAUGCUGGCCAUGAGAGAGCUCACAGAGAAUGCUGACUGUGUUCUGCUGGUAGAGAACCAGGCACUGGUGGACAUUUUGAACACGGAACAGGCAUGCCAUGGCACACAACACGCAAAAGGCAACAUCAUCUCGGCAAAGGACAGGCUGACGGGCUCUGAGAAGCCUUUUGAUGCUAUGAAUGACAUUGUUGCUAACAUGCUACUCAACCUUACCAGUUCCGCCCGUUUUGAGGGUUCCCUCAAUAUGGAUCUGAAUGAAAUUGCCAUGAACCUGGUUCCUUUCCCUCGAUUACACUAUCUGGUUCCAAGUCUAAGUCCUGUGUACAGAUUAGCGCAGGUCAGCCACCCGAUAAGAAGAAUGGACAAGCUCUUUAGCGAUGUCUUCAGCAAAGGCCACCAGUUGAUCAAAGCAGAGCCAAAGCGCAGUCUCUACUUUGGCUGUGCCCUCAUGCUUAGGGGAGAUGCUCAAGUGUCAGACCUGCGCAGGAAUAUUGAAAGGUUAAAGCCCACGGUGCGCUUUGUGUCAUGGAACCCGGAAGGCUGGAAGACAAGUCUUUGUUCUGUGCCCCCUGUUGGUCUCUCUCAAUCCCUGUUAGCCCUGGCCAACACUACCACUAUCAAAUCCACAUUCAUGGAGAUGAGAGAACGAUUCCAAAAACUUUAUCGGAAGAAGGCACACUUACAUCAUUACCUCGAAGUCGAUGGGAUGGAGGAGAGUUUAUUCUCAGAGGCUGUAACAUCCCUCGACGCUUUGAUUGAGGAGUACCGUGAUCAAGAAGCUGGCGCAGGGAAAUUCAUGCCCGUUCCAGAUAGAUUAAAAGUUGCUUAAUGCAAUACAACUGACAUUCCGUGAUACUAAUGAAUAUAACAUAGUUUGUGAGUAGCUCAGUGUGCGGCAACAGCACUUGGAUGGACAAGAAUGAAUUCAUACAAUGUUUCAGGCAUGAAUGUAAACCUGCGUAGGCAAUGCCAAGAUCUCUAGCUUGAAGAUGGGAUUGGGUACAUUAAAGGCAUAAAUAAAAUUAUUUCCCCAUAAAAUA